UCCAAACGCACCGAAAUCAGUUUAGCCAACUUGCAUUUGGUAGACCGAAUGUAGCUUUUUGCGGUGCUGCCAACGUUACAGUCUGUUGACGUUUUUGUUGCUUUUGUGACAAGGCUCGUCGAAAAUGGCUGUUUUAGCGGCCGCUCAGCUUCUGGACGAGCUUAUGGGGCGCAACAGGAACGUGGCCCCCAACGAGAAAGUGCGCGACUUGAACUGGGAGGACCCAGAAUACUGUAAAUAUUUCAUGGUGAAGUUCUGUCCGCACGAUUUGUUCGUGAAUACGAGGGCUGAUUUGGGGGCUUGCCCCAAGGUGCAUGAUGAAGAGGUUAGAAAGUUGUUUCAGGAUGCCUCAAGCAGGAACCAUCGUAAAGUUCAGUACCAAGAGGACUUUUUGCGGUUUUGUACGUCGAUGAUGAACGAGGUGGAAAGAAAAAUCGUUAAAGGUAAAGCAAGACUUGCUCUAAGUGGUAAAAACGAGUUACCUGCCAUAUCUCCGGCACAGAGCCAAAAAAAUGAAGAGCAAAUAAAAUUACUAAACGAGAGGAUAAAUGGCUUGGAACUGGAAGCAGAACAAGCCGGUACGGAUGGUAACGUAGAACAAGCUCAAGGAUUGAUGAGGUUAUGUGAUCAGUUGAAAGAUGAAAGAGACAACCUAAAAAGACAAAUAGAGAAUGGGCAGUGGAAUGCAACAGCCGAACUGGCGGCGGCCCAAGAAAAACAGAUGGAAGUUUGUGAGGUGUGCGGCGCCUUUUUGAUUGUGGGAGAUGCCCAGCAAAGAAUCGACGACCACUUGAUGGGCAAACAGCACAUGGGUUUUGCGCGUUUAAAAAAUGCCGUUGAUGAAAUAGGCGAUAUUGUCAAAACCGCCAAGGACGAGAGGUUGGGGCGUAGUGGGGGCGGUUUGGGGUCCGACGAGGCCAGAUUGAAGGAGAGGGAGCGCGAGAGGGAAAGGGACAGAGACAGAGAAAAGAGGCGCGAAAGAGAAAGAGAAAGAAUGGAGCAAAAAACAAAGGAGAAGGAAAGGGAUAGAGAAAUGCGUGAGAGAGACAAGGAUAGAAGACAUAGUGACAAAGGCAACGAUAGGAGGGAGAGGGAGAAAGGGAGGGACCACAGGGAGCCCCACCACCCCCAUAGAGAUAGGAGACAUCGUUCUGAUAGAGAAUCGGGGAGAAGACACCACCACCACUCGUACCACCGUUAGAAACCUAAAAUUCGGCCACGCCCCCUCAUUUUAUGACCAGUAAGAUCACAGCAAAGCAGCUUCAACUAACAGGUGAGAAAGUAUUACCCCAACUCUACACCAAACAAAUUAAAAUGAUGGACUGGCAACAAUCUGCACUUCAAUAUCUUAAGGUGACUUGUCAAGUUUCUGUUUUCUGAGCCUUUUACACUAUUAGCACGUAGUAAAUUAUUAAUGUAGAACAUUUAUCACUAUAAUGUUGUCUUUUUUUAACAGUCAACAGGAAUUUGACAAUUUUUUUUAUUACUUGAUAAUGUUAGAUUAAUAUUUAGUUUUAUUGGGC